GGUGGCAGCUCCAGCGAUGGCCGGGAGCGAGAGGAGGGGGCUCGGCGGCGGGUGUCCCUCCGGGCGCCGGGGGCCGGGUCUCCCGCCGCUGCCGCUGCUGCUGCUGCUGCUGGGCGGCUGCUCGGGGCGCAUCCACCAGCUGGCGCUGACGGGGGAGAAGCGAGCCGACAUCCCGCUCAACAGCUUCGGCUUCUAUGCCAACGGCUCCCUGGAGGUGGAGCUGAGCCUGCUGCGGCUGGGUCCCCUGGAGGCCCCGGAGAAGUCUCCCCUGGUGGGGUUCAGUCUGAACCGAGUUCACUCUGGCAGCAUGCGCUCCUACUCCACCCGGGACUCCCACGAGUGUGUUCUCCUAAGAAAUAGUAGCAGCUUCCUGGUCUUGUUCCUUAUCAACAUCAAGGACCUAAGGGUGCAGGUGCGGAAGUAUGGGGAGCAGAACAAGUUAUUCAUCUCUCCCGGGCUCCUGCCGGAUGUGCCCUCCAGGCUGGGGCUCCCCAAGCCAGAGUCAGUCCCGGGUGACGGGGGUGGGGCUCACCACGCUCCGUCCCCCCAGGUUCCCCGCGUCAAGGACCAGGAGCUGGUGCUGGACCUGGGCUACCUCAACAAUACCUACAACUUCAGCUUCCACGUGCUGAUCGGCUCCACGGAGGAGGAAGGCCAGUACAACCUCAACUUCCACAACUGCUAUAACUCCAUACCAGGACGGGAGCAUCCAUUCGACCUCUCGGUGAUGAUCCGCGAGAGGAACCCGGAGGGCUUCCUGUCGGCGGCGGAGAUCCCGCUUUUCAAGCUCUACCUGGUCAUGUCCACCUGCUUCCUGGCCGCCGGCGUCUUCUGGGUGUCGGUCCUCUGCCGGAACCCGUACAAUGUCUUCAAGAUCCACUGGCUCAUGGCGGCGCUGGCCUUCACCAAGAGUAUCGCCCUGCUCUUCCACAGCAUCAACUACUACUUCAUCAACAGCCAGGGCCACCCCAUCGAAGGACUCGCUGUCAUGCACUACAUCACGCGCCUGCUGAAGGGCACACUCCUCUUCAUCACCAUCGCCCUCAUCGGCUCCGGCUGGGCCUUCGUCAAGUACGUCUUGUCCGAUAAGGAGAAGAAAAUUUUCGGCCUCGUGAUCCCCCUGCAGGUCCUGGCCAACGUGGCCUACAUUGUCCUGGAGUCCCGCGAAGAGGGCGCCAGCGACUACGGGCUUUGGAAGCAGAUCCUGUUCCUGGUGGACCUCGUGUGCUGCGGAGCCAUCCUCUUCCCCGUGGUGUGGUCCAUCCGGCACCUCCAGGACGCGUCCGGCACCGACGGGAAGGUGGCAGUGAACCUGGCCAAGUUGAAGCUGUUCCGGCAUUACUACAUCAUGGUCAUCUGCUACAUCUACUUCACGCGCAUCAUCGCCAUCCUGCUGCGCGUGGCCGUGCCCUUUCAGUGGCAGUGGCUGUACCAGCUCCUGGUGGAGAGCUCCACGCUGGCCUUCUUCGUGCUCACCGGCUACAAGUUCCAGCCUGCGGGAAACAACCCGUACCUGCAGCUGCCCCAGGAUGACGAGGAGGACGUGCAGAUGGACCAAGUGAUGACCGACUCCGGGUUCCGGGAAGGCCUCUCCAAAGUCAACCAGACCAGCAGCGGACGGGAAGUGUCCUGACCCGCUCCGUGUCUGACCUGACCACGCUCCACUUCCUCCAUCUGCCGCCGAGCCGCCGUGG